AUGCUGGGCAGUCAUUCCAUUUUGAUUUUAUUUCUGGCACUGGCUUCUGCUCUUCAGCCUCAAGAGCUUAGCAUCGAGGACAUCGUAAAAGGUAGGUUAUAAAGAUAUAUACAACAACUUUCAAGCGAAAAAGCUAUAACCACUGCACCGAGGUUCGUGAAUCGCACUGAGUAAUUUCUGUAUCACCAGUCCGCUGAAAAUUUCGUGGAUUAUUUUACGUCUGUUAGCUGACGCGUAGGCCCGGAGCCUGCCAAAUUGGAAUGUGUUUGUCGUGGCCCUAGCUUUGUAUAAUAAUAUUACCAGUUAAGGUUACGUGCGAGCGAUCUUGCAAAUUCUCCUACAACAUUUAAAGUUUGUUAGGAACCAACAGAAAUUUCGCAUUGUUAGAUAACUAGUAUGUCUGCUCUUUAGGGCUCAACACCAUGCAAAACCGGGCGCAUUAAGUUAACUGUAGGUUCUACGCUACUGGUCUUUUUUCCCCAAAGCGCGCCAAAUAAUGACGUAAGACGCAUUGUGUUUUCUUUUCGUAACAAUAAUCAGACUCUCUGUGCCGACUGCCGAACGGAGCUCGCCAACUUCCUAACGUUCAUGCUUAGUCCGAAAUGUGAUCUUCAUGGUUGUUGAAAAAUCUGCCAAAUUGACAACGGGUCAUUGAAAGUCUCUUCCGUAGGCUGGGUUGAAUGACAUGUGGUGCGUCACGCCGAUCAUUGCUCGCAUAAAUUGGACGUUGUUGUCACUAGAGAAAAGUGUCUAUCAAUAUUUAGUAUAUACACACUCAGUCAUCUUGGUAAUUCAAGCAAUCUGAUUGGUUAGCUAUCUCGGACUAUGACGUUAUAUUCACCGCGCUAGGCGGUGAAUAUAAAGCCGAACAAAAUCGCUGUCGUGAACUGGGUGUUUGCCAAAGUUUCAAGGUAAAACCUUUUUGAAAAUACACGAAUAUCCAAGUGCUGAUGACUUUGAAGGCAAGAAAAGACUUCAUGGUGUUUAAACAGCGUGAUUUAUUGUGAAGUGGUUUACUUUAGCUGACUUUUUGUACGCUCGAAGCUAUGUUUACCACUACAGAGGAAAACGAGGUCGCUUUGCAUGUCACUGUUUUGUGAUUUCGGGAUUUUCUCCCAAGACCAAUUUUGCCUAUAAAUAGAAGUUAAUUUAUGGAGAAGAGAGGAAGGCAAAUAUUUUCGAAAAUUGUACGUGCCAGCAAGUUAACAAGGCAAAGAACUUUGGAGAUAAACAACGCUCACCUUGAUCGCAGCCGCUGUUGACAGCAUUUGUAAGAAGCGACGAAGAAAACUUUCUCAUUCACGGUGAAUGGACAGAAACAAAUAAAGCUCUAGAUACUUUUCUUCUCAGAAUUGGGUAGUAAUUUAAAUUUUCGGCGUUUUCUUUUAAACCGUUGAUGCUAAAGCUUACAAAACUCGAUACAAAAGGAUUAAAACUAUCAUUUAAUUGCCAUGUUUGAAGAUACUGUAAAGAUCUAACUUUUGCGCAUCCACUGUUUACGGCUUCGUGUUCACGCAUGAAUUUUCACCCGUCAAUCAAACUAAUCGUUUUUUAAUGGUUUCCUUUCUGAUUCUGUUGAGAUCACUUCGUGUGAAUAUACUAAAACAAUUAUUCACCUCAGGCUCAGUUAAUAUUGUUGAAUAAUCCCCUCGACUUCGUCUCGGGGAUUAUUCAACAAUAUUAACUUCGCCUUCGGCGAAUAAUUGUUAAAUAUACCGCGUCACAGUGACCUAGUUUUGAAGCCAUUUCUAGGGAAAAAUUUUGGUCGUGUAGCUUGGACUCCUUUUGUCAUGCAUUGGUCAUUUUAUGGCACUGUAUUUCCUGGUGAUAUGCAAAUGUCAAUAUGACGUCAUUGAACAUCGCCUAUGACCACGUGACCAGAAACGAAAAUGUCUAAAAUCUUGAAAGUUUAUAGAUGGUUUUCACAGUGACGUCAUCUAAUUGUAAAGUCAAAAUAGCUAAGUUUUACGAAUUCUUAUUUACACUAGGUUGAAGAUAAACAAAAAGUAAAUCUUUGUGCAAGUUUCCAUUCCCGUAGCAUGUUUCAUUUCGAAAAUACAGCAAUUUGAACUUCCGAAUUUUCAAAGUGCGUGACAUCAAAAUAGGAAUGCUGUCUCGUUGAAAAAAGAGCCUCUCCUCUUGAUUUUCAACAGUAUAACGAUUUUAAGUAUGAGAAGACAUGUUUAUACGCACGUACGGCUAGUUCUUGAGUGAAAAGAAAGAGCUUUUAAAGAAAAAGUAAACUCCAGAUGUUUUUGUUGAUUUCCGGCGGCCAUAUUGGUGGACCAAAGCGGUCCACCAAUAUGGCGUCUCCAUACAAAGCUCUACAAAGUUGCGCGAAACGUUUCGGCAAAUAACUCACAAACUGUGUGCCACAGAGACCCGAGACUUGGACAAAUUGUUCAUAUAUUAGUCUUUUAUAACAUUUCAUCUUCUUGGCUUCCUCCACAGGAUGGUUUCCAAUUUAUUUUUUCGUUGCGUGACAGUGAAAACGAUCUAUCAUUCCAAUCAUGUUUUUUUCGUGGAAAUUUACUUUUGAUUAAUCUCACAUUAAACUAUGCAUAGUUUUUGUAAUAUUUUCUUUGAGCAAGACUUCUGACCCAGUUUUGAGGUACAGAAAUAGUCCUAAUUCGUGUCAAAGAGAACAAUUCCUAAAAAUGAAUGCAUCUUUUUUUUGCAGAAUUGCAGUCUAAAUAGUCCGAUACGUUUAAAAUACAUUUUGAGCCAAAACUCGACUUCUUUGACGCAUGCAUAUGAUACUUACCCAAUAUGCUAUGCGAGGGAACCGAAUUGAUCGCGACCUUGUUUUGUUGUGGGUGCCCCUGAAUAACGGCCUGGAAACCAACGAGAAUAUAGUUCAAAACCACUUAAACAUAGCAUUUUUAAACAUAUUUUAGUAGUUAAACGGUAGAUAUAAGCAUAUUUUUAUCCCCUAAAAAUUUUCAAUCUGUUCGGAUUUCCUAGCGGAAAGUCUGGUGAUCCGAAAAUUAUCUCGGGAUCCAAACCUCAGGGGCACCAAACGGAUCUGUUCCUCACAAUAUCUGUUCUACAGAGAUUUUUUUGCUGGCUGGGAGCUGAGGUUUCGGGUGUUCUCCUGGGAAGUAAAGUCUUAAAUCUACGGUCAAGAAUUUAUCAAAUGUAUCAAAAAUUCUUGCUGGAGGUAUUUUAUCGAUCUAAUUUGCUAGAAAUUUUCUUUGUGCGCGAAUUGUGCGCGCGGAGUCGCGCGCUGAUGAUUUAUUGAGUAACAUCUGUAAACCUGAAGAAGGCUGGUAUGGCCAGCCGAAAUAUUGUUAUAAAAAACAAUACAAGUUGUUUUAAAUCAGCUUUGCUGUAGUCUUCGGACUUCUCGUUCUUGAUGAUUUAUUCACCGCUGAUCAAAAAAUCUGCACGUGGCACCGUUGUUAGUUGUUAGAAAUUAGAAAUCAGGCCACGCUCUGCCACUGGAUAACUGGCACACUCGAAAAUUUGGCGGUCUUUCCACGCGGUACGGUUCAAUGGCGGUUAGGACGAUUCAUGAGAUUCAUGUUUAUGCAAAAGGUAAGGUUUCUUUGAAUAUACUGAAUAUAUUGUCUACUAUUAUGCAUGCAUGUUAUUUUUAAUUCCCUUGUCUUACUUAUCUGCAUGUCACUAAAUGCCAUUAAAAUCGCUUCAAGAGUUGGCUUAGUUUCAGUGUGUAUUGGUAGUUUUCGGAUGAAACCAUUUCGAAAAGCGCGAACGAGAUACUGGAGAUAAAAAGGAUGAGUAAUGAAUUCAAAUUCUUUAAUUGUAAAAUGUGCCUAGUCGUACAGGACAAUUAACCUCAUGUUUUUCUCAACCGUGUAAAUUGAUGUCACAAGGGGAAACAAACUUAAACAUUUCCUGUAUAAGCUCAUUUUUUUCUCCACUGGUCGAGAAAGCUCGGGGGACGCGAACACGAUGCUAUCAUAACCGAAAAUUGUUUUUAAUACUACUGUAGAUCGAGUCUUCUGAGGAGAGUGUUGUCAAAGAAUUAUUUCGGUGCAUAUUAGUUGGUGUCGUUUCUUUAUUUUGCUUUUAAUUAUUUACAGAGGCUUUCAUACUGAACCCUGAGCUGUAAUAUUUUCUGAUAAUGCUUGACAACGUCAACAAAACAUUUUGAAAAAGCUACCAAAACAGCAGCCAGCAUGUACUACAACGAGUUUUAACAGCAAUUCAAAAUCCGACUCAUCGUGUUCUUGAAAAGUUGCAUUUUUUCGAUUCCAGAAUAUCAUCCUUUCUUUUACUGUGUUGUACUUCUACGCUGUGUUGGAAAGAUUUUAUCUCAAUUCAAAUGCUGUGUAGUUGUACAUGUAAAUAUAUUUAUUGCAUUUAUCCUAAUGCUCAGUCAAUUCCAAACAUACCCAUUCUUCCUGGGAAUUUUUUUGGCAUUUUGUUCCUACAGUGGGCAUUUUUCAUUGACAAAAGCAUCAUUUGGGUAGGGAAUUUUUCAUUGUUUAAUUAACCUUACCAAGGGGUACCAUCUAAGCUUGUACUUACGUAUGUACUCUGUAUAUGCCAUACUGUUUGCCAAGUCUACCAUGGAAAGUUUAUCGUAUAAAGUAAUUUUGGGUUGUAAAGUUGUCCUCUUUGCAGUGUCUUUGGGGUCUGUUUGGAUAUCAGGAAAACUGUAAGGUUGCUGAGUUAAGUUGUUAGGUAUGUUAUUACUGUGAAACUCACAAAACCGUGAACACCAGAAAUAUUUAUGGAAUAUUAUUUUGUUACGAGAAUCAGGCAAUAAGGCGCGAGAUAACUUACACACAAACAGCAGUGGUAAUUAGUUUGUGGUUUAGAGUUUUGCUUGCAUAUUCCUGAACUUAAUUGUGCUUGGCCAGUACACAAUCAACAUUCCUGAAAAUUUUCAGGUGUUCACUGUUUUUGGAGUUUGACAGUAACAAUUUUCAGCUUUUUACAAGGUGACGUACAUGUAACUUUUGCUUUGAUACUGGGGCAUUUGUUCUAACUUUUAUUUCCAUGGUGAGGUUUUGUAUGUAUCUACUGGCCCCACAGUGGGGGCGGGCAUUUGCAGCUUUCAAAUUAAAAUGUGACAAGUGCCUGUGGAGGGGGGUGGGCAUGUUUAGAAUUGACUGAGUCAUAAAGAAGCUUAUCCUCUGUAAUCCUUUUACCUAUACAGCCCUAUUUGUAUUAAGAAGUUUCAUUAUGAUUUAUUAACCCACCCCAAUUUGUACCCUCACAUUAAAACAAUAUACUUCUAGAACGGUAGUACGUUACGUGGAGAAUUCAGUUUUUGUAUUUGCUAUCUGACUUAACCCACACUAAGAUUUGUUAUAAGUUUUUUUUUAGAAUAGGCAGUCUUAUAAAUAUACUGCAGAAUUAAACAAUGGCUGCACCAGGUCAAGUUUGAAAUAAUAUGUCUAGGCUGAUUAAUAUUAACUGAAAAACACAAUAUUCCAUUGGUUUUCUCAUCCUUAUAGCUCUCACUGAUAUAAAAAAGGAAACACUAUGGAAUAAAGUUCUACAUUUAAGAGAUUUAAACUCAGCUUUUGAGUCGUAGUAGUGCAGCAUACACUUUUCUCUCUGCAGUAAUUUCAAUACAUAUUCUAAGAAACAGAUAAUAAUAAAUAAGAAUUUAUCGUGAAAUUUAAGAACAUUAUGGAAACAUACACAUGUAAAGAAUGAUAAUUUAACUUUGAUGCUGCUACAAAAACCUUUGCAAAUUCCCUUUAAAAAACAAUUUAUUAAUUUACUUAUAAAAAGACGUCCGUUUCUGUAGACAUGUAUCUGGUAGGUGUGAAGAGAAUGCAUCAUUGAACUGUGUUGUAUACUGUAUUUUGGUAAUUUUAGCAAUGGAUCUUUGAUUUCCUUUCGCAUAUAGCGGCAGACAGUCAACCACUUGGUCAUGUUUAAACUUCUUUUACCUUAACCUGCCUGACAGUUGAGUAAGUCUAUGUAAACAAAACACUAUUCCUCUCACUAAAGGGCUCGCUCCUGUUUUAGUAUUCAUUGGUCAAUUGUCCUUGUGACUGUUUCUCCUGCUGUAGGUGGGGCUAGAGUUGUGACAACGAGCAUUCUUUGUCUGUUCGUCCUUGCGACCCUCUCUCCUGCCAUUAGGUGUGGCUAGAGUUGUGACAACGAGCAUUCUUUGUUUGUUCGUCCUUGCAACCCUCUCUCCUGCUGUAGGUGGGGCUAGAGUUGUGACAACGAGCAUUCUUUGUCUGUUCGUCCUUGCGACCCUCUCUCCUGUUGUAGGUGGGGCUAGAGUUGUGACAAUGAGCAUUCUUUGUCUGUUCAUCCUUGCGACCCUCUCUCCUGCUGUAGGUGGGGCUAGAGUUGUGACAAUGAGCAUUCUUUGUUUGUUCGUCCUUGCGACCCUCUCUCCUGCCAUAAGGUGGGGCUAGAGUUGUGACAACGAGCAUUCUUUGUUUGUUCAUCCUUGCGACCCUCUCUCCUGCUGCAGGUGGGGCUAGAGUUGUGACAACGAGCAUUCUUUGUUUGUUUGUCCUUGCGACCCUCUCUCCCGCCAUAAGGUGGGGCUAGAGUUGUGACAACGAGCAUUCUUUGGCUGUUUGUCCUUGUGACCCUCUCUCCUGCCAUUAGGUGGGGCUAGAGUUGUGACAACGAGCAUUCUUUGUCUGUUUGUCCUUGCGACCCUCUCUCCCGCUGUAGGUGGGGCUAGAGUUGUGACAACGAGCAUUCUUUUAUCUGUUGGUUUAGAGUUGUGACAACCAGCAUUCUGUGUCUGUUCGUCCUUGCGACCCUCUCUCCUGCUGUACCCUGGGGCUAGAGUUCCACAUGUUGGUUCUUUUGACCCUCUCUUCUUCCACAUGUGGUGUAAGGCUUCUGACGAUGGGUGCUGUUAGCUUGGCCUUAUUAUCAGAUAUUUGUCCUUCUCAACUUUUUUUAAAAAUCAUUUAUCCCUUUUUUGUUUUGUUUUUAGGUGACCUUUUUAGGGUAAAAUUCCGUUAAAAAUGGGCAAUUAUACCAUUUUUUAGAUGUUCGAAAAUCCUAGGAGAGGCAGGCAAGCAAGAAAUUUUACAACAAAUGUUCCGAAAAUUCUAGAUCUCAAAUCGUCUUCCGAACAGAUAUUGUCCGAAAAUUGACGUUGGGUGCCCCUGUUUACUUGAUAUAUUUAUAAAAUUACUACGCCAUGGACGAAAAGUAUUCGUGAAAAGGAAAAGAUUGUCUUUGGAUUCUUUUAUGGGCUGAAAGAAGAUAAAAUGACAAAGGCAACUGUUUCAGGUCCCCGGCGGAUCGUACAACGGUGAGAGUCCCGGGAUUGUCGGUGUAAACAAGAUGAGGAUAAUACAUUUAAUUAAAAUGCUUGUAGGUGACCUUUGGAUAUAGUUAUAACUGUAAACACACUACUUACUUCAUCACUGGGGGAUCACUGGAGCAGUUGAUUAGUAUUUGUUUUACGGUCGUUUGGUGUUCGGAAGUUGCUUGACCCCUUUGUUUUAUACGUUUUAAACAGUUCAUUCUUUAUUAUUUACAAACAUGUCUUCGUUUUGUACCAGUGCAUUCAGUAUAAUGAAACUGACAUAUAUUACAUUUAAGCAAUAGAAAACGUUUUCCAUGUUUGCAUAGCCUGAGAUAAACACGAGAGGGGUUGGGAGAAUUCGAGACAGUUAUGCAAACCUGAGAUGAAGUCGAGGGUUUGCAUAAGUGUCGAGAAUUCUCCCAACCCCUCAAGUGUUUAUAUCAGGAUAUGCAAACACAGGAAAAACGUUUUCUAUUGCUUUUCUAAAAUAACUUUCCCGAGAAAAAAAGCAAAACUCUCUUGUUUAGGGCACUGAUUAAAAGACAAAUUCUUACCAGUCGCGAAGUCUUGUACACGAAGCUUGUACGCGUAAUCAGUCCUUGUUUUGCAAAACAGAUGCUUUCCAAAGUACGGGUUUUUUCUUGCUUAAAAUGUCAGCUGGAGCGAAAAAAAAUUGACACAGCAUGUUUCUUAAGAUUUUCCAAGUUUCAGCCGACGAGUAAAUGGGUGAAUAAAGUAAACUUGUCGAGGUUUUCAACUCAAAAUUUUCAAGUUCGUGCUUGUGUGAUUAGCGCGCGAAAAGCAAAACAUCUUGAUGUCAAACCAUGUUUACAUACUCUCAUGCAAACACGCCUCUCAGCCAAUCAGAGCGCGCGUACUAUCUUAGUUAUUUUAUAAAUACAUAUUUAACUUCUGUGUUGUGAAUCCUGGUUUUGAAUUUUUUCUUGACAUGAGACGAGGCGCGAGUUUAACACUUUUGCAUUUCCUCUGUGGUCUGAAUAAAUAGGACAAAUUUAUACAGCGUCGAAAAAGCAAAUGUUAUUUAUCUUUUUUUUUUUUCUAACAAGUACGCUUUUGGAAUAAGAAAAAAAAACUUUUUACUGCUUUUUGCUAAAGUGGCUUAUCCCUAGGGUUCCCAUCAAGAGGUCAUAAACUUUAAAGUAUAAUCCACAAGUGAACGCCAGCAGGACAUAAUUGGUCAGAUGAGCGCUUUGGUUUCUUGCGGGCAAGAAUAGUCUCGCUGUUACUAGAUGAUUACUAAACAGUUUCUCACAACCAAAGCAAAUAAAUUCCAACUUAAGUAUUCCUGUCUGUGGCUCCGUUUCUUUCUUAAAAGAGAACUGUCCCGACUUUCCACAUCCACUGCAUUUGCUUUCUGAAACAGCAUCUCGCAUAACUUCAGAAGUCGAAAUCCAAAACGACGAUGGCUUGAUAGGGAGAGAUUCUUACUCGUUAACUUAUCAAGUUUGUGAUUAUUGCUCUCAAACACACUCUCUACUUUAUGAAUUGUUCUGUUUUCAAUAACCUUUUCGGUAAGGCUACCACAUUUUCUAGCAUCUUGCUCUUCAGCACUGGUAAAAUUGACACAGAAGUCAUGUAAUUUGUCCGUAUGGAGAGCAAAUCCGCCGUCUUGCUUUAUACCACUUACUUCGGACGACUGAGCAGGUAAAACUGAGUGAGUCUGCGUGGCAGUAGUUUGGACAUGAACGGUUGCUUGAAAUUAGUUGCUACUUGGCAAGCAAAGUCCUUUUUCGAAGGAAUGGACCAACGCUCCUUAGAAAAUUCCAAGCAAUGUCUUUUCUUCUUUAUUACCUUUCUGCUUGUCAUGUUUUCAUGUUGUUUUUGUUUUGUUUUGUUCUUUUUUGGCUUGUUUUGUUUAGUUUUUCUUUUUCUUUUCCUUUUGUUUACUUCUCCAUAUUUUCAAACCUGGGGGGAGACAUGCUUUAUUGUUUGAAAGUAGCAAUUUAGCAAAAUGUUUUCAAAUUUUGCCAGGUUCGCGCACGCGCACUUAUGAUUGAUAGGAUUAGCUGCGCUUGGCGUUGGCCAAUCUCGUUCCCAGGGGCCGCGAUCCUUUUGGUCAGCAACAGGGAUCGGUCCCCAUUGCCCGUUCCGCUGGACAAAGCAACGCGGACUCUGGGAACGAGAUUGGGCGUUGGCUAAAAACAAUAAUGCCAUCGACCGGAAGUGAAAUUGCACGUCCUUAGCAAUGCGCGAGAUCGAUGGAAAGAUAGGUCACUCACCAGGGCUUUAUCCGCCCUGCUGGCCACCCUCCUACGCUCGUGCUGUGUGGGCUGGUCACGCAAUCGUCCUCUUCCAGGGGUGAAGAAGAUUGCGUGAAGAGACCAAACGGUGUCAAGGUUCAAGGUUCAUUUAUUUCACACUAAUUACGCAAAAAUGACACUACAUACAGAAGACUUACAAUGGAAAAUAGAAAGAUAAAAUAAUCAUAGGGAGAAAAAUUACAGGAUAUGUGUGGUGGCCCUUGAAGUAGCAGCUGCUUUCGAGUUAGUUGGAGGCUAACCAGAUCAAGGUGGUAGCUCUCUGGAUGGUUUAGCUAGACACACACACAAAAUAAAAUAAUAAGAAAAAUAGAUAAUAAAGAGAUUGCUAACAAAAGAAAACAGGAACUAACUAUAAGCCUUUCGUGUAAAGCUGUCAACAAAAGAAUGUUUUCCCUUAUGCAAUAGGUUGCUUUAAGAAAUGACGACGGCGACGCCGAGGAUGACGACUGGUAAAAAAUGAAUUUAUGCUUUGCCCUCAAAUUUCGCAAUUAUCUAGAUCUGUUUAGUACGCUGAUCGGUCAAACUAAAUAUCAUUUCGGAAAAGAAAUACGAAAAAAUAGUCGUUGUGGCUCACGUUCUCCAAAAUACGCAGAACUUUGACAAUUUCCCGUUGUUGUUUUGCAGAGGACGGCUGCGAAAUGUACAAAGAUUUAUGAGGCACGUGCACAGCCAUUGCACUGCAGGGCCGAGUUGUUCAAAGCUGGGUUAAGAUAACCCAAGGUUAGCGCGAGAUUUGAAUUCAGAUUUGAAAGUUUAAAAAGCAUUUUAGUUUUCAUUCUUUUUGUCUACAAGUUGACGAUUGGAAGCUCUAAAAGUAACAGAGAAAAUUAUCUGAGGAAAUACUUUUGAACACAAGAAAAAGAAACCCGGGUUAAAUUUAACCCGGGGUUAAGCGCUAAUCGGCCUUCGAACAACUGGGUCCUGCUCAUUAAACCUUUUGUUUGGUGAUGUUUUCGUUGCCGUUGCCGUCGACGUGGUUUGCUUAAGCUUCCUAAUCGCCUGCGUGGCCGGCGUUUAACAGCAUGGCGGUUGUCAACUUUUAAUGAGAGGUGCGUUAUCUGCCAGUUAGUAACGCAACGACAAAGAAGGUAUUGGGAAGCGUUAAUUCUUAUGUAUUGAGUUUAUAUCAGUUUUUGUCGUCUUCUUGAACGAUGCUUUGAUUUGCUUGAGUGUGCUAUAUUUGUUGUGAAAAUUUUUUCUUGGCCUUGAAAAAACUUAGGGACUUUCUGCAGUCUAUGGUUAACACUUUUCUAACGGCAUAAUUUCGCGCAUAAUAGUAUCGGUGGAGCAUCAAGCAUAAAUGCCAGCAUAAUACUACACUACAAUUUUGCCAGAAUAACAAUGCCUUUUUUCGAAGAAAAGAACUAUUUUUUUAAAACAAUUAUAGCUUUUUUUAGCUACCAGGGCCCAUUUAUUUAGUAAGAAUUGUUAAAUUGCCGAGCCAAUUCAACGUUCGACGCAGUUUUUUGCCAUUACAAGUACCAACUUUCCAACUUUACUUUACUUGUUAUCCUUUGGGUUAUGUGUGUGUCAGUGUGUUACUGAUUUAUUUAUGAAUAUUACAUUCUUUUCUGGGAGUGCAGCGUUGGUUUCAGUUUGAUUAUUUCAUUAGUUAUUUGUCAGUGAUUUGCACUUUUGUGUUGCUAACAUGUUCUCAUAACAUGUUAUGAGAAAACUCUUUUGUGGCAUUAUAAUAACGAGAAUAACAGGGACAGUCAAGCAUAAUUAUGAUUAGGAGCAUAAUAGUCUACUUUUUAGUGAGAAGUGGGGGCGGGGGGGAGCUGAUGCUUAAAAGCAUAACGCACGAUUUUAGGGGACCCUACUACAAUCAUUCAGCCUUGGGGUCAUUAGUUGCUUUGUGCCAACGCGCUCGUUGACACUGAGUAUAAUGUUCGUAACCAGACGAAGCACAGACGAUGGCCUACGAUGUUCAUUCCGAAAGAACUUGGAAGUUUUUAAAUGUGGCGGGCGCCGUAAGAAAUGCCGCUAAAGAAUACUCUGCCUUGGAAAAAUCAUACAUCGGCGGCAUCAAGGUCUCAAAGUCGAUGAGUCAAAGUCCUUCCAUUCUCUCAGAUUCGAUUCUCUAAGCUAUAAAAAUUAAGGUAAGACAAGGACAUGGCGAUGAUGCAGCUUCGAAAAUUAAGACAAAUGUUUGCUGGACUUCAAAAGGAAUUUUCUGGAUUUGCCAGAUGCUACCUACAUGCAACCUGGUAAAUGUUUAGUUUAUAAAAAUAUCAUUGUUUUUAAAACAAUAAUAUUUUGUCUCAAAAGAUCAUAUUAUUCAAUAUCUUGGCCCUACUCUCAGCCAAUCAUAAUGAAGAAUUUUCUCUUUGAAAUAUGACCCUGAGAAACACUGUUGCUUCCCUCCUACCCUUCGUCCAUCAGAACCCUCCAGUCUCUCAUUUACUAAAAUAAUUCUUUUUUCAGAACUGAGGGACUUAAAUACAAAGGUCAGCAACGCUCAUUCACCAGGUAAGCAGCCUAUAAUAUGACUGAAUAUCACUGUGGGAAAAGCUAUUACAAUUAAAACCAACACGAACGAAAAGAACACCAAGGUUACAUACAAUUAGAAUAGAAAGUAACAAUAAGAAAAAUAAAAAAAAUGAUUCGAUUCAAAAAGUCCAGAGGCGAAAAGGGUGGAACACAAAACGUUACGAUACAAGUAACAGAAAAUCCAAAUAUACAAGUCAGUAAGACAGUCAUGCAUGAAAGAUGACUUGUAAAACAGACAUAGGUGUACCAGCCAGCAGGUCAGGGGGCACUAAUGCCCAGGGCUGUUUUGAGGGAAUCGUACAAUUUUGGGGGCAAAAUAUGAGGCUGUAUGCCUGACUCUGGCACGGCCACUACAGCUAGGUUUGCACUAAUGUAUACGGCCCUCAUGAGAAGUUUUUGUGAAAGCUCACGUCAAAAAAGAGUGAAAGCUCGGGGUCACAGUGGGAACACAUGCAUCUAUGGGAUCAUUUGGGCUGCAAAAAUGUAAACAAGAAUGUCUGCCAAAUCCCAUCAAAGCACAUGCGCCACUGUCACCUUAGGUUUAACCUGAGAGUGAUAAUCACUCUUUCCUGGAGUGUGCUAUAGCUUUAAUGGCUUGGAGCAUGUGGGACCACAUAGCUCACAUAAUAAGGUAACUUAUCUAUACUAGUUUUAGCCUUAACCUCUUUAUAUCUGGGCUGGUAGUAAUUAGCUACCUUUUUGCAAUAAAAUUGUGGUGUCCCUGCUCUUUGUAGUUCUUUAUUUUAUUUUAUUUUAUGUGGCUUUAAUUUGUUCAAUUAAUAAAUAAAUAUUUUUGAUUUUCUUCUCCGUAGACUUACCCGGAGAGGAUUUCGAGAAUUCAAGGGAAUUUCCUGGAAUAAAAUUCCAGAAUCUUGAGGAAAGUACCUGUAAGUAGAGUAUUUAGCAAAUAGGCAAGUAGUCUCUCAUCUUCUUCAGGGAGACAAAAGAGUGUGGUACUCCAGCUGGUUGCAAUUAGUAACAGGGAAAAAUAAAAGAUGACUUUUUAAUAGACGUAGGCAUAUAAGCCGGGGGAUCUGGGGAUGACAGCUGCUCUCUCCCUCUCUGUUUCAGGGGAAUGGUAUUAUUUUUUGGUACUCAUAAUUCAGACAAAAACUCUUGGGAGGAAUUUAAAAAUAAUUGUUCUUCAAAAAUGGCCAGCAUUCAAACUGAAUGUAAAACUACUUAAUAAAAGGAAAUAAUAAAUAAAAUUAGAUGCUAGUAAAUAGAAAUUGUUUAUCCUAACCUCCGUGGUGCAAAACGUAAUCUUGGAAGAUUCCAUAGCAACUAUUUUUGGCUCAUAACAUUCUGUCUUUCUUAGAAACCAAAAAUGACCAAUAUGUAUGUUGUUUUUCAUGCAAUUUGAGUAUGUUUGUAGUACACGUUCAAAAUUUACGUAUUCAGGCAUGCAUAAUUUUUUUCAGGGUAAGAAGUUUACUGCCCCAAAUCAUCAACAAUCUAAAUGCAUUCUAAGCGAGUUCUAUGCAGCUUGACCGGGGCAAAAUAUUUCCUGUUUGGUCCAGUCUACCUCAGUCAAAUAAGCAUUUUUAUCAUGUCAACAAAUUUUAAAUUGGUCAUGAUUGAUUAUAAGAUGGUAUGACUAUGACAACUAGCUGUGGAUUUUGAAAGGAAAACUGACUGACACACUUUGUUAUAAUCAUCAUUAAGUUGGAAUUUAGUUUUGUACCUCUUAAUAUUUAAUACAAGUCUUUAAAUCACAUCUUCUUUUCUGGUGAUCUUCUCUCCUUAGACGUGCCCAAAGAGGUUUUCGAGAAUUCAAGGGAAUUUCCCGAAAACAAUUUCCGGACUCCUGAAAAAGGUGAGUAGAUUAUUAAGAAAUAUAUUUUAAUUAGUAAGUUACAGUAUAUAUCAAGUACAUUUAGUAAGUACAACAAGUAGUCUCCCAUAUUUUUUAGGGAUACUACGCCUCCAGUGAGUUGUAGUUAUAAUAAGUUACAGCCAUAAUGCCAGGGGGUCUGGGGAUGCCAGCGAAACUAAACUCCACUCUCCCCUAUUUUUGGAGAAAUUAUUGCACAAUUUUGCAGGCAAAACACUCAUUUCGUAGGCAACAGCUCUUGUGAGGAAAUUGAAAAAGAAUUGGUCCUUAAAAGUGGCAAGUUUUGUCGCAUUUACUUUGUCCCACCCUAAGUACAGUAACUCGACAGCUCCUGGGUCUAGGAGAAAGGAAGAUGUGUGGUCCAGGGCAUGGUACAGUGUACUAUGGUGUCUGAACAAUGGACAACAUCAGGCAGCAUCAGCCAUUGGGAGGAAAUGAAAAAAGAAUUGGUCCUUAAAAGUGGCAAGUUUUGCUGUGCUUACUUCAUAUCCCACCCCCAACUAACUGCCCUGGCUGUGGGAGGAUGGAAGAUGUUCAGUCCAGGGCAUGGUGCUAUGGUGUCUGAACAACGGGCAACAUGCCCGUUCCUGAGAACUGGACACUGGCACCUGUCUGCAUGGGGCAUUGAUCUCCUGAGAUUCUCAAGAUUAAUUGUGACUAUUUAGUAAAGUUUCUUUAGUAAAAUAUGUUACCUGGAACUUUCAGAACAUGGUAAAAUUGAGGGAGGGAAAAUUUUUUCCUUUUUAUCACACGAUCAAAGGUGAGCUAGGAUUUUCAGAAAGGCAACAGCAGCUUAUAGUGAAUCCGCGAAAAAAGUUCUUUCCUUUGUUUAGACUAUUUUGCUAAUGCAGACCUUUUUGUAAGACAGACUAUCAAACGUUAUGUGCCUUUGUUUUGAUGAUGCUUUUACCAUGUUUUAUGAUGAAUCAUAUACUUCCACCCAUAUCUCGAUCAGUAAGAUACUAAAACCAAUCGCCACUUUGUAGCGCCUCUUUUCUUAAGCUUAGUGCCAGAUACAUUUACUUCAAUUAGGAAUUUCGUUGUUAAAUAAAGAUAGGUGAUUAAAUCUUUGAAGCAAGAGGGAAUCUUUGACGGAGUACCUAAAUUGGCUUAACUCAGCAAGUUUUAAUGUCAAGGAAGUUAAGAACACGAAGGACAAGACUAGUGUAGGGAAUAACUCAUGACUCUAACAGCAUAUGUUUGAAAUUUAACUCUCAUGGUGAAGAAGAUUCGAUUUGUAGUUUAUGGCCCAAACUCUAUUACAGUUGUGGAUGAAAUAUAAAACAUGGUUAAAUUAGUGAGCAGUUAAGUAUUUUCAGCAAAGUUUUGGAAAGGUAGAAGCUCAGUUUUGAUUGCAAGGUUAGAGACUCUUAAAUCAAACUAUGACUGGACUUCUAUGUUGCAAUUGAAUGCAUCCGUUAUGGUCGGUCUUUGUGGUUUCUUUGGUUUUGGUACGUUGCUUAAGGUUAAACCAAUACUGAUUCUAGAAGUUACUUUUGUACACAACAAGUAAUAAUAGGCUCAAUUCCUAUUUCUUCAUGCUAUUUUCACUUUAUUUUUUACACUCCAAAGCUUUUCAAGUGUUUACACAUGUGUCCCAAAAGAUUAGAACAAUGAAGAUAGCAGCUGGUUUGAUGGAAGUUUCCAAAUACAACAAUACUCUAACCGUUUUUGCUGAACUGGUUGCAGCCCUUUAGACAGGGUUGAAAGCUCAAUAUUGAAAUAGUUGAUCAGCCAAGACACCCAAAUACAAUUUUUACUCAAUAGGACACCUAAAGGACCCAACCAGCCUGACCAACUGCAAAUGUUUGGUCCCAAUAGGACACGACCUUCUAUUAACACUAAUUAGUGGACCCUUUUUAACCUCGAUUUUGUAGAUCUCUCCCUUCUCCACCCACUCCCAUUCCCCAUCAAUCCAAAAGAGGAAGUCGAGUGGGAGGAGACAUGCAGGCCCUUAUUCCGUUAAUUGAUUAAUUGUUGUGUGAGUUAUGUUAGAGUGUGCUUCCACCAAUCCAAUUACCUAGAAUAUAAUUUUGUAGAUUUUUUUCUUUAGAUGUGCUGAAAGAAUUUUUAGACAAACCAAGGAACCUUCACGAAGACCAUUUAAGGGCUCUUGAGAAAGGUAAGGUAAUUUUUUCACACUUUAGAUGUUUUUAAUUAUUAUCUCAUUUUCUUUUCUUCCUGCUCCCAAACGUUUGACAUAAAAUAAGUAACUUUGAAGGUAUAACUCUCCUCCUUAUUUUCUGCCAAUUUGGGGAAUACAUUCUGGAUAUCACAUGUAUUUUGGGUUUGUAAAAUGGCACAAUAGACUGUAAAUACAGGAUUUGAGCUAUAUUGGAGAAGCUGUAGCUUUAUUCCUUAUACAUGUAUGAAAUUGUUGAGGGAAGAAACUCAAAGGGUGGGAACUUUUUUAAGAAUUUUACAGUUUCCAACAUUUCUCUCACUAAAACGCUGGCAGUUGCAGUCCAGAUGCACCUUUGACGGUAUUUGACAGUGAACAUGUAAUUCGACGAUUUGAGGAAGAUGAUUACAUUGCCGAGACUCAAUUUGGCAAACAUUUGGCCUGAUCAUUUCCAAGGUUAAGGCCAUUUGAAAAUUCAAUUUUGUUUGAAAUAUCAUCUGAUUUCAAGAGGAACACUAAUUUCUUGUGUGUUUGGCGAGGUAACAAAAUGGCUUUUGCAUUCUCUCUACAUAGGAUCCAUUGCUUAUGUAAAGGUUGUAGCAGUGACAGGCAACGUGAACGGAGGAGGUCAACAGCGUCCCUGGGGUAAUAAUCCAGAACUGGUGAUCGUGCUGAACAAUCGCAAGAAGUAUCGAGCAGAAUUGAAAAAUGACAAGAAUCCAGGUACGCAAUACAAAAUAGAAUUGAAUGUCCACCGUGAUUUUACACCGCCGCUCAUCUGCACUCAAAAAGACAUCAAGGAAGUUUAUCUCGAGGCUCGAGGUACUGAUGGAUGGUACGUAGCAUCGAUCGACACCUACAGCAUGGUAGCAAAUAAAAUAUACACGAAACUGACCACAGAUCCAGGCUUCAGUAUGUGGGUGGACACCGAUGAAGAAUAUCUUUACCCAUACAAUGCCAAAAAGCACCUCCUUACCAAUGCUGUCGCAGGAUCAUGUAUCACAUAUAUACGUGUAGAUGCAAUGACGGGAGACGAGUGGGGAGCUAGUUUCUCUAAAGAGUAUGGAAAGAAUCACUUGAUAGUUCUCUUUCUAUCAAAUAAUGAAAAAUGUCAGGCAGAACUUGAAGGACCUAUGAAACGAGACCAAUCUUAUGUGCAAGAGUUACACUUUAGAAGCCGGUUUAAAACUACACAGUGCGUGUCUCUAUCUGACAUUAAGGAAAUUCACCUACAAACUCAAUAUGGAGGAGAUGACGGUUGGUACAUAGCAUCCAUUCGCACUUCUGCUAAGACUGGUGAUAAGCAGUACGAGAAUCUGACAAGUGAUCCACACCUCAACAAGUGGCUUGAUGCUGAUGAAGAGCACAAGUAUCCUUACAAUGCGAAAGACAUCAAACUAACAUGGGUAGUUCAAGAAACCCUUAAUUGUGAAUAUGGUAAGCCAACUUGUGAAUGCAGUGCAAAUGCAGAGGUUUGCAGAUUGAACCUUGAAAUUGAUGAAAUUCGAACCUUCACCAGCUAUCAGAAGUUAUCGGUGGAUGAACCUACAGGAAUUGCUAUGCGAGGAUCUCAGGGAGUGAUCUAUUAUUUCGGUGAUGAUGGGACUCCUAUGCCUCUGCAAACUAGUAGAAUAUGUUCAACACAGGAUAGCACCAAAUGCACCAUUCCCCAGUUUGUAGAUGGUAAAACGUAUCGUUUGGCGAUAGCCGUCAAUGGACAGAUUCCUGGACCUACCUUGAUAGUUCACGAAGGGCAAAUUGUUGUAGUUCAUGUUCACAACAAUCUUACCACUGAGGGUAUUUCAAUUCACUGGCAUGGGAUGCACCAGAGAGGAACACCUUGGAUGGAUGGUGUAGGACAAGUGACCCAAUGUCAGAUAGGGCCUUCAUCAAGCUUUUCGUACAUGUACACUGCUCGUCCUUCUGGGACGUUUUGGUACCAUUCUCACAGUGGUGCUCAGAGGACAGAUGGCUUUUUUGGUGCACUUAUAGUUAAAGAAAUACCCGAAAGAAUGAAGACAAUCAAAGCCAAUCUCCAAGAGCAUGGUGCAUUUGAAGACCUUCCAGAAAAGCACACCUUAACGCUUCUAGACUGGCAACACGAGUCAUCCUUGGACCUCUUCACACAGAUCCACGCUAGCUUGGGCUUUUAUCCAGACAAAUCGCUUGGCGAGGUGCCCACUCCAAAUGAUCAACGCUACGAAUCCACACGUAGUUUUGAAGAAGGAGAGGUUGGGCCUGUCCCGUAUUUUUCGGGAAUUAUAAAUGGGAAAGGUAGGCACAUUGAUGUUCCAUACGUCAAGACAAGACUGAGUAUAUUUACUGUCGAGGCUAAAAAGACAUAUCGCUUUCGGCUUAUUGGAGCCCAAGGGCUGUAUGCUUACCGCUUCUCCAUUGAUGGCCAUAAACUGACUGUGGUGGGCACUGACGGCUAUUGGAUUCAGCCUGUAGAAGACGUUGAUUACAUUAUCAUCCAUUCCGGAGAGAGGUAUGACUUUCUUCUUAGUACAAGAGAUACAUUUGGGCUGAAAGACUACUGGAUGCGUGCUGAGACUCUGGAGAUUGAUAGAAGUGGGGCUGGGCCACCCUUCCGGUCACUAGGACACGUGGCAGAGGCUAUUUUACACUACAAACAGAAUGGGGACUCAGAUGAUCCGGAUGAUAAUGUACCAUCAACAAAAUACCAAGAAAUCAAAGAAAAGUCUCCUCCUACACAGUGCACCAAGGAUGACCCAUGCAAAGCAGUCAACUGCCCAUUUAAGAACUUUCAUCCAUUAUAUUACAUUACCUGUACUAAUGUUCAAAGCCUACGUUUACUUAUGCCAACUCCACCUGAUGAGCUUCCAAAUGCAAACCCUAGAGGCCCAAUGGAUUGCAAAGGUUGCAGACACUUCAUCAACUUCAAUUUUGAGGGUGACUCUCAAACUAGUGCAGUGAAUGGGCGCAAUUUCAUUCUCCCCUCCUUUCCUCCCCAAAUCCAAACUGAAGAGUUUCUAAAAAAGGACACAAAGUGUGACCUUAAGGCUGACUGCAAUCCCUCGACACCCGAGUGCUCAUGUGUCCAUGUCAUAGACAUUCCACAUCGGGAAACUAUUCAAAUGGUGUUUUCGGCAAUUGGUGCUUACCACAAUGCUCAUCCCAUUCAUCUCCAUGGCCAUACUUUUCAUGUUGUUCAUGUUGGAUAUCCAGAAUAUAACAAAACAAAUGGUUUCAUUAAAAACCACAACAGUGAUAUAUACUGCGAUGACAUCCACUGUACUAAAGAGGGCUGCGACAAAAGGAGAUGUACCAGACCAAGAUGGAAAACAGAACCAAUGCAUUUUCCCAUCGAUAGCCAUACGAUCAGGAAGGACACAGUUAUGCUCCCUGCUGGAGGGUACGUUGUCAUCAGUUUCCUAUCUGAUAAUCCUGGCUACUGGUUUCUUCACUGCCACAUAGAGGUGCAUCAGCUCGAGGGAAUGGCAAUAAUUGUCAAUGAGACUUCUCCCAAGCCGCUCCGACCACCCAAAGGGAUAGGCAAGUGUGGAGACUUUGAGAUAAGUGUCAAUAAGUUUCGCUCGUACAGUUCCAAGGUGAUCAAUUAACUGAAGAAGAGAGUUAAGAUCUUAGCAUUCUCAGCAACUAUUGGUCUCAACAAAACUAGUGAUUAGAAAACACUUUGAGACAAAGCUUGUACUAAAAGCAGUAGUUCUCUAACUCUAUAUAAGAAAACAAAAACAACUAGCAAAAGCUGUUGAAGUGAUAAUGGCGCGAGCAACGAGAAUUUACAUUUUGAUUACCAAAGUUAACGAGUGCUUUUCCUUUCUCUAUCAGCCAGCGUUUUCUCUUCGUUUCUAUUGAGUCACAAAAUCACUCGUGAAAGCUUGAGAAAACUCGAAAAAACUGUAGCAACACUCGCCGGCGGGUCGUAUUCACAGUGUUUUCCGUUCUCCCAAACUUCCAGUUAGGUUUUCAUUUAACAAUUAGAUCAUGUGCUCGAGAUUUCCAUGACGUGACACAUGUAGUUGAUGAGGUGGAAGGUCUCAUCAACUACUAAACUUCUAGCUGUUUACGCACGCUCGUCAGCUUAAUGAAAAAUUUUGAGGUUUUAAAGUCAGAUAAUAACCGAUUUCCUUUCUUCAGCCUUUUUAAAAACUGAAAUACAGUAGACCCCGGUAACUCGAACUCUGAAGGGAAACGAAAAACUGUUCGAGUGAGCGGGAUUUUGAGUUAUUGGGGUCGAUUGAAAUAUUCCAUUUUCCCGGUUAAUAAUUGAUAUUUUACGUUAUGUAAUUGUACUCAGCAACUGAAGAACUCUCAAGUUAAAAAAAAAAACGGAAAUAUACAGUAUGUGUUUGUAAAGACAUUCCAAUGGAUACAUGUUUACUGCACUGUAGCACUGUUUUUUUCUUUGUGACAGCAAAGACACCGCAUCCGGUAUCACUGUUAUGAUCGGUAAAUAACUGUCAAAUACGUGAUAUGUUCGUUGCAGUAAUUAAAAUCAAAUUGCUCCAGCCCUUGUUCUAGUGUUAGAAUUCGAUCACUCGAUAAGAAGAGCUAAUGGGAUAUCUCAAUGGUUAUCCGUGGCGAAGAACCAGAAAUUCGAGUUAUCAGGGUAAAUUUUGAUCAAUGAAAACGAAAUUUAGUUAGCGGGGUUUUCGAGUUAUCCGAGUUCGAGUUAACCGAGUAAAAAUGACUGAAAAGUUGGAUCAAAUCCAAGGGAAGUGAGACUCAGUUCGAGUUAGCGGGAGAGUUCGAGUUAUCCGAGUUCGAGUUACUGGGGUUCUACUGUAUCCUGUAGUGUUUCCAAAUCUUCCUCCGAAACAUCGGAAAGACGAGAAAACUUCCCCGUUAUGUGGAUGAUUCCUGAAUCCAGGCAUUAUACACUAAUGGCUGAUAGUAUACGAUAGGUCAGGCAAUUAUAGUGCAGUAUUUGCAUUAGUACGCUAUUAGAAUUGUACGAAAACUAGAGAGAAAAGGGGUAUUUUUAAUACUUUGUUUAAUGUCAAGUAAAGGCACAAACUAAAUGAUGCUAUGAAACAUUCUCAGGAGUUUCGCGCCAUUUUUGUCUUCUAAGGAAGUGAGCAAUGCAGAGUAGAGACAUGAACUUUAAUUAAUAUCACUUCCAAGAGUUACGGCAAAUGCUACAAAAAGGCAUUUCUUUUUCAGUAAUCUUAUCGAGUAGAGUUUGUGUAGUAGGUUAUUCUUGGUGUGAUACCUGAAGGCAGAAUGUUCGAGGGCUUUCAUUUAUUAGGGCAUGCAGGGUGUUUGCCUGCAGACACAAAGGAAAUACGAGACGUCUGCACGCAGGCAAGCAUGGUGGAGGGAGGGAUACAAACGUCCGUUGGUAAGUCGCGCUUCCAAAUAUAUCAAGCCCCUAUUUAUGGGGAAACAUUACAUUAUUCCCAUCUUCACUGCGACACACAGAUAUCUGCCACUCCCUGAAGCAUUCCUCCUAAGGCUUCUCUUAUUAUCUGAUAACCGCCUCCUUCUUAAGUUCCCAAAACAAUGACCCCCUCCAAUGCGCUAAACUAUGAAGUCCCCUUAUGACCGAAAGAUUAAUGUUUUAGAACUGUUCAUUUCUAUUAGAAUGGAAACGUCAAGUAGUUAGAACCAUAGUCUUGGACAUAUAGAGGCAUUUACAGGUGGCAUUUUAUAAGAAUUCGAUCUUCUUAAAUACCACAGUGACAUCUGUAACGUAGUGUUUAAGCUUGUUUAGUAUGCACUAUCUUAGAUCAUAUAAUAAGCUCAAUAAUGCACGCAUUUUGUUUGGUACUCACUUAUGAUCACACCAUUAGAGGACAGACGCAUAGAUGGUAUUUUGUUUAUUAAACAAAACAAAUAGAUCACGGAAAAAGUCAAAAUGUGGUAAGAACAUCAGUGACACAGUCAAUUGAGUAUCGUAAAACCAAAAGCAAAGUAAGCUCUCUGGUCAGUCACAAAUUAUGCAGACAAACUGUGAACCUAUCAAAACUCUAGAAAAUACAUGUAACCGACGCUAAGCGCGGGAAAACGUGUGCGAGCAAGUUACGAUUGUUUUGGUUUUACUUCUGACUGAAUGAGAAGGAGGCAAACGGUUCUUUAACCUAUCGCUUAACGAAGUAAUGCAAAACCGAAGUAAACGCGAAUUACUUUCGACACUCGAGUAAAAACCGCUCUAUCUCGUAAAACCACAAUCUUAGACAUAAAAAUAUGGCAGUAGAUUUUUGUUGGAUUUAGAAUGAGCUGCUGUAGACUCGGUGUUUAGUAAGAAGUAUUUUGAUAAGAAUACUCAUACUUGAUUGACCUUGCUUAUAACAUUUUGUUGUAGUGCUUCCGUUUGGAAGAUCAUACACUUAAUAUGCUAGGUACUUAUUAUUAUAAAUACUACUUUUAAGUAGUAAAAAGCCUUUAUCCGUAUUGGUAUGCUAAUCAACUUUUUUUCUUUUAUUAUUCAUAUUGAUGAUCUAUACAUUAGGUCAUUUCACAGCUUAAUUUAGGAAUGGCUACUUUUUAAAAAAGUAGCCUUUUCUGAAGUGUAUAUAUUUACUACUAUUUUAAACACUAAUCGGUCAAAAAA